ACUUUACACUGCGAACAUCAAUCCAUUUUGUUGAAGUGUUUGCCGCCAACAAGGACCCUUUACAAAAUCACGAAAGAAAGUGCUUUGUGUGGACAUAUAAAAUAGGAUACUCUCUUAUUAAGAACGUGUGUGUAAUCAAUUCUCUUAAAGUGAAACUGCCAAGAUGUGUGACGAUGAUGCGGGUGCUCUUGUAAUUGACAAUGGCUCUGGUAUGUGCAAAGCCGGUUUCGCUGGUGAUGAUGCACCACGUGCUGUAUUUCCAUCAAUUGUCGGCCGCCCACGCCAUCAAGGUGUGAUGGUAGGUAUGGGUCAAAAGGAUUCUUAUGUUGGUGAUGAGGCUCAAAGUAAACGAGGUAUACUAACGCUUAAAUAUCCCAUUGAACAUGGUAUUAUAACGAAUUGGGAUGAUAUGGAGAAAAUAUGGCAUCACACUUUUUACAAUGAGCUGCGAGUAGCACCUGAAGAACAUCCCGUAUUGUUGACGGAAGCACCUUUAAAUCCAAAAGCGAAUCGUGAAAAAAUGACUCAAAUAAUGUUUGAGACAUUUAACUCACCAGCUAUGUAUGUGGCCAUACAAGCUGUCUUAUCACUUUAUGCAUCCGGUCGCACAACAGGCAUUGUUUUAGAUUCUGGCGAUGGCGUAUCGCACACUGUACCAAUCUAUGAAGGUUUCGCAUUGCCACAUGCCAUAUUGAGAUUGGAUUUAGCUGGCCGCGAUUUAACUGACUAUCUUAUGAAAAUUUUAACUGAACGUGGUUAUUCAUUUACGACUACUGCUGAACGUGAAAUCGUUAGGGACAUUAAAGAAAAACUUUGUUACGUAGCUUUAGAUUUUGAACAAGAAAUGGCAACAGCUGCUGCUUCAACUUCAUUGGAAAAAUCGUAUGAACUACCCGAUGGCCAGGUAAUAACUAUAGGAAAUGAACGGUUCCGCUGUCCAGAAGCGCUAUUCCAGCCAUCUUUCUUAGGUAUGGAAUCAUGCGGUAUCCAUGAAACUGUUUAUAAUUCAAUUAUGAAAUGCGAUGUGGAUAUUCGAAAGGAUUUAUAUGCAAACUCUGUUCUAUCUGGCGGUACUACCAUGUAUCCUGGUAUUGCUGAUAGAAUGCAAAAAGAAAUAACUGCCUUAGCUCCGUCUACAAUUAAAAUCAAAAUUAUUGCACCUCCUGAAAGAAAGUACUCCGUUUGGAUUGGUGGUUCUAUUCUCGCAUCACUUUCAACCUUCCAACAGAUGUGGAUUUCAAAACAAGAGUAUGAUGAGUCUGGUCCUGGCAUAGUACAUCGCAAAUGUUUCUAAAUCUUUUCGCAGCGAUGUUUUCAAAUGUCCGCGCGAUGCAAAUAUUCUGGAUAGCUGUCCAAAUAAUACCAAUCAAUCAUGUUUAUGUCUAUUUUUAUUUAACAAAAAGCUAAUUCUAUCUACUUAUUGCAGAAUAUAUAUUGUACUAAAACAAAGUAUUCUUUUAUAAUUAUCGGAGAAUAAAACUAUAAACAUUA